CACACCAAAACGUUUGUUUUGUAUUUGAUCAUGUGAUAUUUUUUUUUGUCGAGCCGUUUGAAAAAUUAAUUCGAAAUUGUCAUAAUGAAUCGACGUAAAACAAUCAAUCCACGUUUAUUUCCAGCCAAUCAGCUAUCAUCCAUCGAUAAUACAAAUGAUUUUGAUCUGGAAAAAAUCACUGAUUUGAUCCAUGAUCGAUUUGCCAUUCUGGAAUUGACUGAUAUUCGUGAAAAACAAUCACGGCUCAAAUUGAAAGAACAAGAAUUAUCGACAAAUUUACAUCGACUUGAUGAAUUGAAAACGAAUUAUGAAAAAAUUCAUGAUGAACAUGUUAAAUUGAAACAACAAAUACGAAGAUAUCGAUUAUUAUCAGAAACAUUAAUGCAAGCUGAAAAUGUAGAAAAAUUUGCAAUUGAAUUACAACACCAAUGUACAGAGCAAAAAAUUCCAAUCGAAGAUGAUGAAACCAUUAUACGAACAUUAUCUGAUAUUAUACAAUCCUAUCAAUCUUUAUCUGAUGAAAAUUUAUUGGAAAAUACUCGAAAAUUUCAACAAGAAAUCAUGGAAAUCCUUGGCCAGAAUUUCACUAUACAAAAUCAUCCAGAAUCUUAUCAACAUUUAAAACGAUUAUUAAACGAAUGUAAAGAACAAUGGCAAAGUUCGAAAAAUCUUACUGGAUCAUGGCAAGAAAUGCAACGGAUUCGUACAUGGCUACAGUUACGACAAGUGAAUCGCGAUAAAAUAUAAUUUUUUUUAUUUAUGAAAUUUUACAUUAUACAAAUAACAAAAAUAAUUUUCCACAAUAAAAUAAUU